AUGCAUGGAGCUCAGGACUGGUUCUACACCCUACCAUUCGGGUCGAUCAUAAGCUUCAAGGAGCUUGCUUACGUCUUCACCAAAGAAUACACUUCUUACCGAAUGAUCAAGAAGAACCCUGACCACCUGUACAACUUGCACAAGAAGCCCGAUGAAUCUCUUCGAGAUUACAUUAAGAGAUUCAAAGCAGAAAAAGCCAACAUUGUAGGGUGUGAUGAUCGAAUCACAUCCUUUGUUUUCAAGAAAAGUCUUCCAGCUGAACACGACUUAUACCGCGAACUGACUAUCACUCCUUGCUAUACUCUGGCAAAGGUGUUUGCAACCGCGGAACGCUACGCGCUCUUGGAUGACAAUCAAAUUGCUGCGAAGAAGUUUAUCAAACAGGAAGAUAAGCCAACGAAGCGGGCAGGACAAGGAAGCGACAUGCGUAAUAACAGGAGUAAAGACAAACACAAGUCGCGCCCACAGGGAGACGCUAUGGCGAAUGAGAACUACACCAAGUUCUUCAUCCCUAUACAUCAAAUCUUAGCCCAACUGAAGGACAAGCCUUUGGUAAAAAGACUGACAUCCUUGAGGGGAGAUCUGAACAACAGAGAUACCAGAAAAUAUUGUGCCUUCCAUGCGACGUACGGGCACAAAAUGAAUAACUGCUUUGCUUGGAAAGCGCACCUCGAAGAACUCGUGAGAGAAGGUUACUGUACAGGAGCCACCCAACAGAUUGAGGACUGUGAUACUGCGAUACUGCCAAGGAGCCACCCCAUAAGGUCAUAA